AUGUCUACAGGAAUCCUAUUAGGCGGAACAUCGAUCGCAACCGCUGAAACAUUAAGUAAAACAGCGAAAAACCUUCCAACUGAUUUUUCUACCAGUUUACAAGUAAGAAGGUAUGUAUCAAAAUCACCGAUAAAACUUUCAGCGGCAAAUAAUUUUCAAAAAAGAUGGCAUCAGACAAUACAAAAGCAUACACACGGUGGAGAAGAACGCGCUCAAUCACAUUCACAUUUGGUUUCCGCGUUAUCUGAGACGCGUAGUCGCGGAACACGAAUUACUUUGAUUGGAUUGGGUGCGAAUAUUGGUUUGACAGUAGCAAAAGGUUUGGCGGGAUGGCUUAUGAAUUCGGCCUCUUUAGUCGCGGAUGCUUUCCAUUCUUUGAGUGAUCUCUUGAGUGAUUUUGUGACAUUGUACACAUUUCGCACUUCUAGAAAACCAGCGGAUGAGCGCUAUCCUUAUGGCUACGGUAAAUACGAGCCCGUAGGGUCAUUGGCUGUCUCCUCGCUGCUGAUUUUAGGUGCAGUCGGAAUUGGACAUCAUUCUUACGAAUUACUGAUGAAUGUUGUAACUUCAAAUAUUCCAAACGAUGUCCCUGAUAUCACACAAAUCAUUGCUUCUGCACCUAUUGGUGAGAAGCAAAAAUUAAAUCCGAAUGCUGCAUGGUUUGCUGCAGCAUCGGUGGUAGUUAAGGAAGCUUUAUAUAGAAUAACAUUAAAGGUAGGUAUCGAAGAAAGAUCAGAUGUCUUGGUAGCGAAUGCAUGGCAUCAUCGAAGUGAUGCGGCUUCUAGUCUUGUCGCUUUGGGUGCAAUCGGAGGGAGUUAUCUAGGUUUCCUAUUUUUGGAUCCGUUAUGCGGAAUGCUUGUAGCGGGUAUUAUUAUGAAGAAUGCUACCGAGAUCAUGUUCACAUCAUUAAAGGAAUUAGUAGAUGUUCGAAUCGAAGAGGAUAUAAUUGAAAAAGUCGAGGGUGUAGUGAACAAACUCAAGCAUAAAGAACCGAAUGUGGUAAACUUUCAUGCUAUACGUGGUCGUAAAUCCGGUCCAUUUCAUUUGGUGGAUAUGACACUCCAGGUUCCCGGCAAUAUAAGUGUUUCACAUGCCCAUCAAAUUGAGGAACGGAUUCGAAAAGCUGUGAAAGAAGAAUGUGAAAGUGUAAAGGAAGUAUUGAUACAUUUGGACGUGGAAGAACAAAAUGCCCGCCAUUAA